AUGGCCGCGUCGGGAGGCUCUUGCGGCGGGGAAAAAAAUUCUAUGAGACCAGACCUGGUCCCAUGGCCGGAUCUCCAGCCGGAGAUGUUGGGGGUCGUGCUCUCGCGGCUGCCGUCGCACGCCGACCGCGUCCGCCUCGCCGCCGUCUGCCGCCCAUGGCGCUCCAGCGCGCGGCUGCUGCGUCCGCUACCCACGCUGCUCCCGUGGCUCGCCCUCUGCGAUGGCACCUUCCUCAGCCUCCCCGACGGCGCCGUGCACCGCCUGCCCGUCGCGGACGACGCCUCGAGCCGAGUCUCCACCGGCAGCGCGCUCUUCCUCGUGCACGGCGACAACAAGUGCUGCCUGAUGAACCCUUCUCCGGUAAUGACGACCCCUGUCCCUGAGGCCGGCGACUGGUUCCGAGAAAACCCGACCGUCCGGAAGGUGUUAAUGUCCGAUCACCUCGUCGCCGCCCUGGUGGACUCCAAAAAGCUCAGCAUCAACAGCUCCACGACCACGAAAGUCAUCAUCUCCAUACGUGGGCAGCCAUGGGACACCACGAGUUGCUCCACGACGGAGUGGACGGCGCCUGAAGACAGCUUCGUCAGCGACAUCGCGCUCUUCAAAGGAAAGCUCUACGUCCUCCUCGACACACAAGACGAGGAAUACGGACAGCAGCAUGAGCUCCGUGUCCUGGACGACGGCCGCGAGCAGACAGCCAUCCCCGGUACCCGAUUCCACGGGCACGAAUCGUUUAAUGCUUACGCGACGGACAUGUACGUGCAGCGGAACUAUCUCGUCGUCUCCGGCGACCGGCUGCUGAUGGUGGAACGAAGGAUCUACCAGCCGCCGAUGUUCCCGGUAGACUCAGGGAUUGAGAAGCGGACUCGUCUCUUCAAGGUCUUCGCGGCAACGGAGCUGAGCAGCGGAUGUGGACUCUGGACCGAGGUCGAUACGUUGAUGGGGCGCGCGCUUUUUGUCAGCGAAGGCUGCUCGCAGUCUCUCUCCGCCGGGGAUCAAUCUAGCGGUGUCGGAGCUCGAGAAGAUUGCAUCUACUUUGUAAACGAGGAUCACACAGAUACAGACAUCUCUGAAUCCGAAGAGGAAAUCUGUGAGAACCCCUUUCUAGACUCUGGCGUGUAUAACAUGGCAGAUCAGACAGUGACGCCGUUGCCGUCGAAGGCUGUGGCGGCGCCCGCUGCCGGCGACGGACCAUGGUCUCCGACUUGGCUUUUCCUAGAGACUUGAGUUAGGCUAUAUAGUUAAGGCGGUACUAUAAUUAGGUUUUCGAAUAAGAUGUUUUUCUUGGACACUUCUAUUAUUCUUCUAUAAAGCACAUGGUCGAGGCUGAAGAAAUCAUCUUCUGUGUGGUACGGGAAUAUGAUAUUGAGUCCAAAACUACAAGCUGCAAAUCUGCACAAGGAGGGUGUAGAUCUUGUGCAACAAGCAGACCCACAAAAGCAAGGUAUGUCAAAAAUCAUUUACAGAUAUGGGGCAUUUCAGAUAUUUAUUGGUAGUU